CCUUGGAAGGACGCUGAAAUUGAGAACCGCUCAACUACUCUCCACUGUAUUCAGAAUGGCAGACCAACAGAAACUCGCAUCCCUCGAUUCCUCCAUCGUCAGCCGCCUGCCCUCCUUUGCGCCGACACUCUUUGAGGCCAAGACGCGGAAGAACCUCACCUUUGAGGAGAUUGCGCGGCAACUUGGACGAAGCGAAGUCGCCGUGGCGGCCCUCUUCUAUGGCCAAGCACAGGCCUCGCCCGAGGACGUUGAGAAGCUGUCCAGGUUGCUGGACAUGUCCCCCGAGGCCCUUGUCGGCAUGAUGGGCUUCCCUGAUCGUGGCCGCGCGGGACCCAUGCCACCCGUCGAGCCCCUCAUCUACAGACUGUAUGAGAUUGUGCAAAACUACGGCUAUGCCUUCAAGGCGGUCAUGAACGAGAAGUUUGGCGACGGCAUCAUGAGCGCCAUUUGCUUCAGCAGCAAGGUGGAGAAGGAGGUGGAUGAAAGCGGUGCCAGCUGGGUCGUGAUUACCCUCAAGGGAAAAUGGCUUCCUUUCACUCGAUUCUAAGUGGUUCGAGACCUUGAGUCGAGUUAUGUGGCGGUAGAAUCGGUGAGGCCAUGUUUGUGCUCUUUUUACCAGAGCAUUCACUCAUUGGGACCGAGAGGUUGCCAGUUUCUAGAUUCUCCCUGUCAAGUCCUCCGCUUUGUGCUUGCCAGAUUCCUAGCCACAUGGCUUUUUU